UUCUUUUAGCGCCUAGCGAUUGUGUGAUACCCUUUCCUCAGCUUGAUUCUUCAACAUUCCCGCAGCACCAGCCCCUCGAUCCCACGCCAUGCUCUAGCCUUGCCCAUUCACCUUCGCCGCAAUCAGCAGCCAUGCACAACCAACAGCAAGAUGACCGCGACACCUCCGAAGACAUCGACCAGCUCAUCACCACCUUAGAUCUUGACCGAUCCGGCCGGACACCCAGCUGGAGCUUCGACAGCGGCACAGGAGCUCCGCAAGACACCGGACCCACCAAUGCUCCUCGCCCUUCGCUCUUCUCAAGCGGCCCUCCCUCGAGGUACUCGUCGACCACACCUGCAGCGUCGAGCUCUACAAACGAACCACCUCGACCGCUUCUCAGAGCCGCUUCAUCUUCUAAUUCAUCCCGACCACUCGCUGCACUGGCCGGUUCCGCUGCGGGUUCAACGAGGACAGCUCGAUUUGACGAGAACUCUCCCGCAAUACUACACAAUGACGAGGAAGUCCCGAGGGCGGAGAAAGAUGCCGAUGAUCCUACCAUUGCUCUAGACACUCGGAGGCCUCUCGAAAGGCGGGAGUACACGACCCUGACCACCUUGAGCCGCCUUUUUGCUUCCCAAACUUCACCCGAUGCUUCAAGAGCACCCUCAUAUGGCCAAGGAAUGGGCCCCUUGCGAAGACGACCUCUCGCAUCUGAAGUAGCCUCACUGCCUGAUCACCUAUACACGAGAGGUCUCCUUGGCGGACGCCACUCCGAUAUCACAAUCAUUGCCUUCGGACACAAGUACGCUCUACACCGGCUUCUUCUAGAUCGUGCACCCUUCUUCACGACAGCCUUGUCGGAACCUUGGCUUGAGAGUCGUGCCAAGGAGGUCACCCUCCAUCCGGAAGAGAUCGACCCUAGUAUCACGCAGACUGCUUUCGAACUCGCCAUCAAGCGACUAUACGGCUGUGACAUCUCACAAGAGGAAGAUGCGGAAGCUAUCGGAUUAUUUGCCACUGGAUGUUGGUUGGAGAUGCGGGACCUGGUCAACUCUAGUAUUGAUGCCAUCUUACGUCAGAUGAGUCCCGAGACGCUAUCACCAUUGAUAAAGCUGGUCACUGCAAACUACUAUGGCAGGUCUGGCGAGAGAAUAUUAGCUUCUGCCAAGUCUAUGCUUUGUCGCGAUGGAUGGGAGAUGCCUCUGAAAUGUUGGGACGGAAUACCUGGUGACAUCAUUCGUGAAAUAGUUGGCGGUGACGGAUUCUUCGUGGAUGGCGAGUGGGACCGGUGGGUGCUCGCAAAACGUCUCCUGGAUCGACGACUUCGACGAAAGGCGAUUGAGGCAGGACUGAUCGAACGAGGAAAACAUCCGACAUCCAAGGCUCCGGAUACGUUGUCGAUGAUGGCUGUACGAUUUGACGCUGUGUACCGCCAGAACUCCAUCACUACUCAGGGGGCUACGCCGGAUAGCCAUCAUAAGUGGCUGUCCCUCUACACCAAUCCGGAUAUCGAACCUCUUCUGGUACUUCUGGACGAAGGUAUACACUACGUUCAUCUCGAUUUUGAGCAGCUACAGUUCAUUCGCCUUUCACGUGAUAUCCUAGGCUUGCCCGUCAUGCCAGAGAAGGUUAUAUCCAAUGCGCUAUGGAACCAGAUGGAAUUACGGCAAAAAGUCCUCAAUUCUGGGGAUCUGGACAUGGAGCUUGGCCUGAGUAAGCCUAUCGAGGACUCACCUUCGAACAAUGAAGGUGCUACUCCUGUCCAGUCUCCAAAUCAUGCACGGCCGGCAUCGUCGAAAGGAAAGCAAACGGAGGGCAGUCAUACACCCGAGGAGGAUUCCGACGACAUGGAUUCUGGGAGCUGGGACGCCAACGGAAAACCACGCAAAUUCUGGAUCCCAAGCACGGACUGUAACAUUGUCAUGGGAGGCAACUCGGAGCCAGUGGUCACCACUUCGAGCGCGUUCCAACGACACGCUUCCCGUCUCUCUGCCACUCUUCAACCAGAAGACGUUCAAUGGGCUACCGACUUUGCCUCGUCUCCAGGGACGUCGUCUAAUCCCAACACACGGACUGACUAUCCUGCUCGACCAGGGUCAGCGAGUGGUAGCAAUGCUGGCCAGCCAAAGCCGAUUGCAUAUACCCAUUAUCCACCUUUCCGAUUCUCUGCCGAGUUUCCCAAUCCGCGUCUGCUAAAGGAGAAGAAGCGUGUAUACUCUCGGACUGUGUUCUACGCAGGCUCUCUAUGGAACAUAUAUAUCCAGAAAGUUCGGUCUGCAAAGAACGUCCAACUAGGUGUGUACUUGCACCGUGCCAAGGAACGGGAAGCAGAGGAAGCAAUAGCUGGCGUUGGAAAUGGCCUCGCACAGAACAGUAUCGGUACUGUCGACGAGCGUAUCGGCCUAUUGGAACGCGAGAUGCUUCUACGCAGCGAACGACGCGACCGUCGCCGCGGCCGUGGCAACGCCCGUGCCGAUCAAAACGAUAAUCCUGGUGAAGAAGACACAAGCGGCAGCGGUGGUGACCCCGACGCAACUCUCGUCUCCACCGGCUCCCGCAACCCCCUCUUCACCAGUCUCUCUGCCCAAUCUCGCCGCCGACACCAACUCCCACUUCAGGGCACAUCCCCUUCCAGCGCCAACUUCUCCGGCACGGGCGCUCCAUCACACCAUCAGAACUUGCAAGGCCUCUCCACCUCUCCCCCCUCAGACGGCGACAUCGUCUACCCCUCUUACGCUUACGCCCCCUCACUUCUCUCCUCCGCCUCGGACACAGACACUGACUCCGACCCGGAGACUAGCUACCCGAACCCCUCCCUUUCCCUCCUUGCGCCUCGCAACCUUAGCUCUAAAUCCAAAUCACGUGCCGUCAAUCCAACCCUCCCGCCGUACGUCGACGCACGGCCCACUAUCAAGACCUACUUCAAGAUCUACAGCCCGAGUAAAGGUGGCAGGUUGCUGAGCGUGUACGAGAGCGCGCCGGAUCGGUUCAAUUUCAGUCAGAGCUGGGGGUGGAAGAGUAGCACGCUGAUGCUGGAUGAUGGGGUUAUGGGGGGAGAGGUGGAUACAGAAAGGGGGUUGGACGGGGUGGGUGAGGGGAAGGUGAGGCGGGCGGGGGAUGGGAAGUUGAGGUUUAUGGUUGUGAUUGGGAAUUUGUGA